AAGCUGAAUACAUUUUUAUAUAAAUAUAUUUUAAUAUACAAAAUACAAUCUUGGUAUUCGAUUAACUCGACAUAACCUAACCACAGAAUAAUAGAUAAAAGAUACCCUCAAUCUCGUGAUAUAAAUACUGAUAUAAUGAUUAUAGUGUAACCAUAAAUGCAAACAAAUAUAUUAUGUAGUGACUAAUGAUCAAAACAAUAUCGAGAUUACUGAAAAUUGCGGUAACUGGAGUCUGGACACUGGAGAGACAGUAUUUUGAUUCCAGAUGACCAUGUUCUAUUAAGCGCCUACAUAAUCUGAGUUAUUGAAAAUGUCGGCCAACACAAGUACACGGGAUAAAUUACUCGGUUUGCUCGACGAUUUCGAACUGUUAAGCAGAGAAUUGAUUGAAAAUUUGAGUGCUGGGCGACAACAAAAGAUUAAUGUUCAACAUCAGUUACUCCUUACAGAACAGCUUGUAGCUACAGAUAAUGAAAUAAAGGCUACAUUGAAAGUUGCAGAACACCAAGCAGAAGUAGAAAAAAAAGUAAAUGCUAUUAAAGAAGAAAUAGAAACACAAGACCAACAUAUCACACAAAUGCAAAAACAUUUUAAAGAAGCAGAAAACAUAUUGGCAACAGCUUUAUUUCAAGCAAAACAAAAAUUACAAUCGAUCAAUAAAGCGAGUAAACAUCCGGUAUCCUCGGAAGAUCUCAUAAAAUAUGCCCACCGAAUAAGUGCUUCAAACGCAGUAUGUGCACCACUUACAUGGCAACCGGGUGAUGCGCGUAGACCUUAUCCCACUGAUAUUGAAAUGCGAAUGGGAUAUUUGGGCAGGCUAAGUGAUCUACCACUUAAUGGACAUAUAAUGCAGCCUCAAGGUCUGGCUGAUAUGGUGCGAUCAAAUAAUCAAAUAGAUCGUCAAGCUUCUCAACAAAAUCAGUUUGCUUGGCAUUCAACUGGUGAUAUGCAUUUAGGAGUUGGUAGUGGAGUUAUAGAUACUAGAAAUCAUUCUAAAGAUGUUGCGGAAGAUGUUGAAGUUAUGUCAACAGAUAGUAGCAGUUCUUCGUCCAGUGAUUCUCAAUAAUUAUAAAAAUAAAAAAUAAAUACAUACAAAUUAAAAAGUGGUGAUAGUAUUAUUAUGUUUACGUAUCACAUUUUAAACAUUUUCUAUCAAUCUUAUUUGUACUGACUGAGUUAUACACAAAAAAAAAAAAAAAAUUGAAUAAAAAUAAGAA